AUGGUACAAAAUGACAAUCCGUUUCGAUUAGACGACGACGACUCUGUUGAGGAACAGAGCUUGCAUAACAAUCCGUUUCAGCAGAUAGUCGACGACGAUAUACAACAGGAUUCCAGCCACGCUCACAGGAGUACCUUUGAUCUGAACGAAUACCAGGACUCAUACCACGAAGCAGGUCCUUCUCCGAUGCGCCACUCCAUUCUUCGCCCGCCCUCGAAUGUUUACGACGCGACACAGUCUAGCUUCUCAUCAAACAGCUCGUUUCUGGGGUCCGAAAAAGUCCCGGCCGAGUCGUACACCAGGCCAGUGAUAUACCAGCCCCCAGUGCCGCCAAUGCCUUAUCAGCAAAGUUAUCCCGUGUUCCAGUCUUUUAUGAGGGACGGGGAUGAGCCCGUCAUUGAGGAUCUGUUUUUCGACAAGACAGAGAACGACGCUAUCCAGCCUCUCAAUGUGGCUACCUCAGGUGACACCAAGGUCCAAUUGCUGGACGACAAACACUACAGCUUUGAUUUCCCGGUUCCCAAACAGCUGGUUGCGCGCAUCCCGUUUGAGGACGCCAAAAACCUGACAGAGUUCACGUAUUUGAGAUACCAUGCCAUUACAGCAGACCCUAAGGACUUUACCAGCGGCGACCUCGAGAAGAGACAGGACAUUGUGAAUUAUCCGUUGCGGCCGAAUCUGUAUGGCGUGCGACGCGAGACGGAGCUCAUGAUCGUGUGCACCAUGUACAACGAGGACGAGGUUCUGUUGGGCCGCACGCUAAAGGGUGUUUUCAAAAACAUUAAAACCAUGUACAACUUGCCGGAGAAAGACUCCAACGAGCACCCGUUUGGCAAAAACGCGUGGAAAAAGAUUGUGGUGGUGAUAGUUAGCGACGGGCGCUCGAAGAUCCACGAGAGAUCCAAGGCUCUACUCACUUUGCUGGGAUGCUACCAGGAGGGUGUGAUCCAGGAGAAGGUGAACGGCGACGACGUCAAUGCUCAUCUGUUUGAGUACACCACCACUUUUGGUAUUGGACAGUUCGACUACCAUCGUGGGGACGAGGGUAAGGGUUUCACUGUUCCGUUGGUCACGGAGCAGACUGUGCCUGUGCAGAUGAUGUUUUUACUCAAGGAGCAGAACAAGCAGAAGAUCAACUCGCACAGAUGGGCGUUCAACUUUCUGUGUCCGAACCUGAACCCGAAAAUAGUGUGUUUGCUGGACGUUGGCACGGAGCCAGGCCCGGACUCGAUCUACAAGCUUUGGCAGGCAUUCAAGGACCCGCAGGUCGGAGGAGCCUGUGGAGAGAUCAGGGCCAUGCUAGGGAAAAAAAUGAGUCCGAACGACGAGGGCUCGGUCAUGGAGAAACUAGGACGCUGGGUCGUGCGGACCUUUUCCGACGUCAAAUGCGUUGUGCUGAAUCCGCUCACUGCCGCACAGAACUUCGAGUACAAAAUAUCCAAUAUUCUUGACAAGCCGAUGGAGUCGGCAUUUGGUUUCGUCACCGUUCUUCCCGGUGCAUUCAGCGCGUACAGAUACGAGGCGUUGCAAGGAGACCCUCUGGAGGCAUACUUCCACGGAGAAGACAUGAAAACUAACACAGAGAAGCCUGCCGGUACGCUGGAGUCCAACAUGUACCUGGCAGAAGACAGAAUUCUGUGUUUUGAGCUGGUGGCCAAGAAGGGAGCGUCGUACGUGCUGCGGUACGUCCACGACGCGUUUGGAGUCACCGACGUGCCGGGAAACAUUGCAGAGUUCAUUAACCAGCGGCGGAGAUGGCUCAACGGCUCGUUCUUUGCUGCGCUCUACUCGGUGAUGCAUUUCUAUCGGAUAAUCCGUUCCAAGCACGGUUUUGGCCGCAAACUCGUCCUGCUGGUGGAGGUGGUGUAUCAGACGAUCAACAUCGGUCUUUCGUGGCUCUCCAUCUCGUUCUACUUCCUGGUGUUCCGCAUACUCACUUUGGGACUGGCAGACACAUCGGUCGGGUUCAAGGCCGGUAACAUACUCGCUGUGGUGUUCUUGUGGCUCUACAUUGCAGCUCUGGCGCUCACGUUUAUCAUCUCGUUCGGCAACAAGCCCAAGGACGCCAAACGGCUGUACCAGCUCGCGUUCCUGCUCUUUUCCAUAGUGAUGGCCUACAUGAUUUUCUGCGUGAUCAUGCUCACGAUCGCGUCUGUGCACACAAUCCAAAGCGAGAUAGCGGCCUCUACGAAAAGCAAGGUACUGGCGUACCUCGGAAACUCCAAGUUCCGCGACCUGACCGUGGCACUCUCGUCCACGUACGCCCUGUACGUUUUAGGGUCGCUGCUGUUUUUCGAGUUCUUCCACUUGUUUGGUUGCAGUCUGCAGUACAUCUUCCUGAGCCCGGCAUACAUCAACGUGUUGAGUGUCUUUGCGUUCUGCAACAUCCACGACAUUUCGUGGGGAACUAAGGGAGCACUCAAGGUUGAGGAGGUGGGCAAGAAAGAGGCCAAUAAGAGCGAGCGUUCGAACGAGCUGAUCUUAUCGGAGGCCCUGCAGGACCCUGACGAGCUGUAUCUACUGGCUAACAGCAACAUCUCCAAGCCUGAGACGGUGAAAAAGGAAAGCACGUUAAAAACCUCGGAACGGAAUUAUGCCUUGGGAAGAACGUACACGGUGCUUGCAUGGCUCGUAUCGAACUUUAUAAUUUUGGUGCUUGUGCUGCGAACGGGGGGACUGGACGACUACAGUGAUUACGAGGACUCUAGCAGCUCCACUACCAGCAAGGUGAAGAGAAGCGUGGAUAAUAAGAGCUCCAACAGGUUCAUGACGUUCGUGCUUUGGUGUGUGUGCUGUCUGGCGCUGGUCCGCUUCUUUGGCGUGGUAGUCUACAGACUGGACACUUUUUUCCGCAAACGUCGCUACCACAAGCACCCAGUGGUUUAG